CACACGGCGCACCACAUUAACCUCAGACUUUACACACAACCCUUCUUCACUUGGAUCACUUGAGUGGAGCAGAUAUCUAAGAGACAGGCAGCCAUUCAAUAUCAAGUAUACAUUAUAUUGAAAUAUCAACAUUUCUAUUUGAUUUAAGAGCUUGGAACUUCGAUCAGACACCAUGUCGACAGUCAGUGCCCUGCCUUUCCUGAAAUCUAGUCUCCUAACGCGCCCUCCCAUGGGUCCCAUCACCCCCAGGCACGGGCGUCGCCACACACUCCCGGCCAGCGAGUUCCGUUGCCUCAGCCCGGAGGACGCAAUCAGCGUGUUUGAGAUCGAAAGAGAGGCCUUCAUCUCUGUGUCUGGAGAGUGUCCGCUUCACUUAGAUGAGGUGUGUCACUUCCUGACGCUGUGCCCUGAGCUGUCUCUGGGCUGGUUUGAGGAGGGACGCCUCGUUGCCUUCAUCAUAGGAUCACUGUGGGACCAGGAGAAACUAGCCAUGGACGCUCUCACCCUCCACAAGCCCCAUGGCUCCACAGUCCACCUCCAUGUGCUUGCUGUCCACCGCACAUUCCGGCAGCAAGGCAAGGGCUCCAUCCUGAUGUGGCGCUACCUGCAGUACCUGCGCUGCCUGCCCUAUGUUCGCUGCGCCGUGCUCAUGUGCGAAGACUUCCUGGUCCCUUUCUACCAGAAGUCAGGAUUUAAAGUGCAGGGCCCCAGCGACAUCACCGUGGGGCCCCUGACCUUCAUUGAGAUGAUGUACCCUGUCCGGGGCCACGCGUACAUGCGCCGCAACAGUGGUGUUUGAGGGGAUACGAACCAAGAUGGAUGCUUCCUUCAAUGGGGGGGUGUUUCACCAACCUUCCAUGGCUGGAGGACGGCUACAGUGGCAAGAAAAAGUAUGUGAACCCUUUGGAAUUACCUGGACUUCUUCAUAAAUUGGUCAUCAAAUUUGAUCUGAUCUUCAUCUAAGUUACAAUAAUAGACAAACAGUCUGCUUAAACUAAUAACACACAAACAAUUAUACGUUUUCAUGUCUUUAUUGAACCGUGUAAACAUUUGCAGUGCAGUGUGGGAAAAGUAUGUGAACCCAUGGAUUUAAUAACUGGUUGACCCUCCUUUGGCAGCAGUAACCUCAACCAAACAUUUUCUGUAGUUGCGGAUCAGACCUGCACAACGGUCAGGAGGAAUGUUGGACCAGUCCUCUUUAUAAAACUGCUUCAGUUCAGCAAUAUUCUUGGGAUGUCUGGUGUGAACCGCUCUCGAGAUCCUGCCACAGCAUCUCAAUCGGGUUGAGGUCAGGACUCUGACUGGACCACUCUUCUGUUGAAGCCAUUUUGUUGUUGAUUUACUUCUGUGUUUUGGGUUGUUGUCCUAUUGCAUUACCCAACCUCUGUUGAGCUUCAAUUGGCAGACAGAUAGCCUUACAUUGUCCUGCAAAAUGUCUUGAUAUACUUGGGAAUUCAUUUUUCCGUCGAUGAUGGCAAGCUGUCCAGGCCCUGAGGCAGCAAAGCAGCUUCAAACCAUGAUGCUCCCUUCACAAUACUUUACAGUUGGGAUGAGGUUUUGAUGUUGGCGUGCUGUGCCUUUUUUCUCUUGACUCAGUGUUGUGUUCCUUCCAAACAACUGAACUUUAGUUUCAUCUGUCCUCAGAACAUUUUGCCAGUAGCGCUGUGGAACAUCCAUAUGCUCUUUUGCGAACAUCAGACGUGCAGCAAUAUUAUUUUGGGACAGCAGUGGCUUCUUCUGUGAUGUCUCCCCAUCAACACCAUUCUUGUUUAGUGUUUUACGUAUAGUAGACUUGUCAAAAGAGAUGUUAGCAUGUCCCAGAGAUUUCUUUAAGUCUUUAGCUCACACUCUAGGAUUCUUCUUAACCUCAUUGAGCAUUCUG